AUGGGUGUCAUUGAGAAGAUUAAGGCUAUCGAGGAGGAGAUGGCUCGGACGCAGAAAAACAAGGCCACCGAGUACCAUCUAGGGCUGCUGAAGGGUAAGCUAGCACGUUUCAGACAACAGUUGUUGGCAGAAGAAACCGCGCCUACGGGCGGCGGUGGCACAGGGUUUGAGGUCGCCAAGUCCGGAGAUGCGCGUGUAGUGCUGAUCGGGUAUCCUUCUGUGGGUAAGUCCUCUCUUUUGGGCAAAGUGACGACCACGAAGUCGGAGAUCGCGCACUACGCGUUUACCACGCUGACUUCCGUGCCCGGCGUGUUGAAGUACCAGGGCGCUGAAGUCCAGAUUGUGGACUUGCCUGGUAUUAUCUACGGUGCUUCGCAGGGCAAGGGUAGAGGUAGACAGGUCGUAGCCACAGCGCGUACCGCGGACCUGAUCCUAAUGGUUCUGGAUGCCACGAAGGGGGCACACCAGCGGGAGUCACUAGAAAAAGAACUAGAGGCCGUUGGGAUACGUCUGAACAAAGAAAAGCCCAACAUUUACUACAAGAAAAAAGAGACGGGGGGUGUGAAAGUUACGUUCACCUCUCCCUCGAGGGCGAACCUAACGGAGGAAGCGAUCAAGAUGAUUUUGAAAGACUACCGUGUUCACAACGCCGAAGUUUUGGUGCGCGACGACAAAUGCACGAUCGACGACUUCAUCGACAUCAUUAACGACCAGCAUUGCAAUUACAUCAAGUGCCUAUAUGCGUACAACAAGAUCGACGCGGUCUCGCUUGAGGAGGUCGACCGUCUGGCACGCGAGCCUAAUACUGUGGUGAUGUCGUGUGAGAAUGAUCUAGGUCUUGACGACGUGGUGGAUGAAAUCUGGUACCAGUUGAAUCUGAGCCGUGUUUACACCAAGAAAAGAGGUGUGAAGCCGGACUUCUCUGAUCCACUCGUAGUGAGGAACGCUUCCACAAUAGGCGACAUGUGCCACUCCAUUCACAGAGACUUUAAAGAGAAGUUCAAGUAUGCGCUUGUGUGGGGGUCCUCUGCGAAGCACUCUCCACAAAAAUGUGGGCUAACCCAUAAACUUCACGACGAAGAUGUAGUGAGUUUAUUCACUAAAUAG